AUGGCACUUAUAACACUCCUUCUACUGGCAGCGGCUGCCUACCUAGUUUUCACUUACCAUUUCAAAUCGCAAAGAGCACCCGCUGGCCUUCGUGAUGUUCCCGUAGCCGGGAAACUCAAUGAAUUGGGUGAAUACCCACAGCGGCAGUGGCGUAAAUGGGCUCGGCAACAUGGCGAGCUCUUCCAAAUCCGACUUGGUUGGGAAAACUGGGUGUUCGUGAACAGCCCUGAAGCUGUCAAGGACAUCUUCAACAAGCAAUCCCAGCACACCUCUUCACGGGCUCCUAGUCCCGUUGUGUCGAAUAUCAUCUCGGGUGGCAUGCGUCUAUUGUUUAUGCCAUACACACCAAAAUGGCAGAAACUGCGGGCAAUAGUUCGCCAGGUUCUAACGCUCAAGUCAUCCAACGCUUUCAUACCGUCGCAGGAGUUUGAGGCAAAACAACUCCUGUGGGAUAUCCUAACUGAUAACGCGAAUCAGGAGGACUUUUACAUGCAUAUUCGCUGA